CUUCGUACGAUAGGCAGGAUAGGCAAGACAGGCUAAACGCAGUACCGCCCGACUUUACCGAAACCCCGAUCAUUCGCCUACCCCUACCAUAUCAUACUAACUAAUUUAUAUCCUACUCCACCCAAGUCCAAGUCCAACAUGUAUAAAGUCAUAUAACCAGCUUUAAUACCAUUACUAUUCAUCACGCUGUCUUAACAUUUUUCAGUCUGAAAAUUUGGUCUUACUAUAAUCUUAAAUCAUAUUCUCUCAUAUAAAAAGAGGAUACCAUGCCGGCUUUUUCUAGACUUGUCCGUUUUCUGGCCAAGAAUGGCAAAACGUACUAUGGAGAUGCUAUUCUACCAGAGGGAGUGACAGACAUUGCUAAGACGAAGAAAGCACGUGUCAUCAAAGGGGAUAUCUUUGGCAAGCAUGAAGUUACCGAUCAGAUUGCGGACGUCCGACUACUUCUAGCACCUCUCGCAUUAGAGGAUGUCAGGUCCGUCCGAUGUCUAGGUCUUAACUACGCACUGCACGCGAAAGAGGCCAGUCUUCCGAUACCGAAAUAUCCAGUCCUAUUCUACAAGCCGGUCACUUCUCUGUCAGGGCCUACGGAUCCUAUCCCCAUCCACCCAAUUGCACAGGAGGAACUAGGACUGGAUUAUGAAGUUGAACUUGUCGUCAUUAUCGGAAAGGAGGCUAAGGACGUAUCGGAGUCUGAGGCGCUCGACUAUGUUCUCGGAUACGCUGUCGGAAACGAUGUCUCGCACCGAGACUGGCAGAUCGCGCGCGGUGGUGGCCAAUGGUCGCUGGGUAAGGGGUUUGACGGCUGGGCACCAUAUGGACCGGGCAUCGUCACCAGCAAUAUCAUCAAAGACCCACAGACGCUUCAGAUCAGUACUAGACUGAAUGGACAGACAGUCCAGGAGAGCAACACAGCCGAUCAGAUCUUUAAUGUGAGGCAAACCAUCGCGUUCUUGAGCAGGGGCCACACGUUGCUACCUGGUGAUCUUAUCUGGACGGGAACGCCGUCGGGCGUUGGAAUGGGCCGCAAGCCGCAGCUGUGGCUAAAAGACGGCGAUAUCGUCGAAGUCGAGCUCGAAGGCGUCGGAAUUGUCUCCAACAAGGUUGAGUUCACCAAGGAAGACUCCGCUAAGUUGUAACCAUAUAUCUAAUUACUAAUCCAUGAUUAACUGAGCACUUUUGCUGUUUUGUCGGCGUUCCUUGCUGUACGACAUAAUACUUAUCUGCGACUACCAUAAGAACUUGAUUGGCUAUAGGAGUGCUUUGAUGUCAGUGUGUGGAAAUUUACUCGGGGUGUUAUGUUAGGUAGUGCUGCGGCUGAGACGCCCCUUCAAGGUUUGGCCCGAGUUGCUGGUAGUCUAUCUAAAUAAUACAUAGAUCCGGACUGAAGACUUAUGAGAGAUGUCUUCAGCGAGCUCAAUAGGUUAGGACCUGGGUAGAUCGCUAUUUUAAAAUCUCUAUCCGGGUCACGCGUAAAAAGCGAGGUUUAUUUUAUAUAGGUACCUAGGUAGGUAGGUAGGUAGGUACCUAUGUAAUUGCUUAUUGGCGGGG